AUGGGCUCCGCAACUAUCGCAAUGGAUGGCAUCCCCUCCAUCGACGAGGUCCUCGAGCAACACCAAACCACCACCACCGACACCACCAAGACCCCCGCAUCCCCGACCUACCAAACCGUCGAAACCAUCCACGUCCCCGCUCUGCCGCCUGCCACCGCCGCGCCGCCGCUGCCGCCGCGCGCCUGGGCCAAGCACAGCCGCUACUACUCUUCGUCUUCUGCCUUGACUAACCCUACCUCCAACUCGUCUUCCGCUUCCUCGACCUCACUAGCCUACACCAACCAGCCCUCGGCCAUGGCCAACCCGGUCGACGACGAGACGGUGCCGCGGACGCGCAGCCGCCCGCGCUCGCGCUCCCUCUUCUCCUUCCGCUCGCGCUCGUCGUCGACGUCGAGCGGCAGCCGCACGAGCCUGGACUACGGCGACGACGACUUCGACGAGGACGCCAUGGUCGCCGCGGCCCGGAAGGGCAGCAGCCUGAAGAAGCGCAUGGCCGGCGCCGGGAGGAGCAGGAGCAGGACUAAUAGCGUGCACGCCGCCGCUGUGCUGCCUGCUGUGCUGGUGCUGAGCGCGGAGUGCUUCACGCCCGGGCGUGAGGUGGGCGCUGGCGCUGCUGAGCAGGGAAAGUGA